UGAGAUUUUACUCGGCUCAGGAAAUGUGACGUGGAGAUGACGACAAUUUUGAUCAAUUUUUGGGAAAUAGUUAUGAUGAGUGUGAAAGCAGGACGUAGUGCACGGGUUACUUCCGAUCCAAGUCAUCAAAAUCCACGCGUUUCUACUUCUUUCAUCUCUCCUAGCUGUGUCUUGGAAGAGCAAGAGUCGUUUCCAUGUAAAACUUAUCUCCUCAGUCACUUUUAUCUCUACUUGCCCGAAGAGCAAAAGUCGUGUUCCCAACAGCUUCUCCCUCAGUCUCUUUUAUCCUUCCUUUCCCAAAUUACCACGAUCAUGGCUAAGGCUAAGCUAUCUCUUGAAAGAGAAAGAGUUGUUUUUAUCUUGGUAGCCUGGAUGAUGGCUCUUGCAAUGACCUCUCUAGCCAAACCACUUUUGCAUGACGGUGACAACAAUCCCUUGAGUGAUAGGAACGCACCCAGUGGAAACGGGAAGGCUUUCACAUCAACUGUAUAUGGAUAUGGGAGCUCAUCAUCCAGCGGAUCUGCCCACUUUCACCCCACAAAAGGUGCCUUGAGUUAUCCUGAUAGAAGCACACCCGGUGGACCUGAUAGUCCACAUAACUAAGAGAUUCUUGAAUCAGCUGUAGGCUUCAGCUAGUGGACAGCCCGAUCCCGAGCAUCCUUAGUCUCAUCCCCAAAGAUGUAUUGAGUAUUAUGAAGUUAAAGAUUAUCCAUCGUCUUGUAACUUACAAUGUUUCAAAACAAUAUAACUGGAAAAAGUUA